AUGUCCGCUCACCAACCCCCUCCGUCGUUGGAUCAAUGGACCAGCGACGAAUCUGUUGCACCCUUUCGCAUCCCCGUCAAAGAAUACCUCGCAACGCACGCCGAAAUCGACGGCGUUGCCAUUGGGGCACUCAUAUUUCAACAAAAUUCCAACAAACUACUCAUUAUGCAGCGCGCUGCCCAUGAUUCUUUCCCAUCGUUAUGGGAAACACCUGGCGGCAAGUGUGACGAGUUGGAUGACUCGUUAUUAAGUAACCUCACUCGAGAGGUGUAUGAAGAAACUGGCCUCAUCACCCGUCACAUCGGCAAAUGUGUUGCCCCAAGGGGAGAUAGUUCUGAUUACCAGUUAUUUGGAGACGCCGGCGGUAACGGAUACCGAUUCGUUUGGCGUGGGAAAUCGGCUGUCAAGUACACCUUUUUGGUGACGGUGGACCAGUAUGACAGUGUGAAGCUGGAUCCGAAUGAGCAUCAGGACUUUAUUUGGGCUACCGAGGAGGAAUGCGCAGCAGGGCGAAGUGGUGAUAAAAGCAUCAAGUUUACGACUAAUGCGCAACGGGACACCAUCUUGGCGGCAUUUAAGGUGCAUCGAGAUUAA